UGUAUGUGUGUCACAUUUAUUAACAACUUCAACUGACAUGCAGGACACAGUUGUGCGCAGGACUUAAAGCGAGACACACAUCGUUGGUUAGUCAUUGUGCUUCGAUUCGUACGUAAAAAUUCCUAAAGAUAUUCCAAUUGAAGGAAAAAAUGCUGAAACUACUGCUAAGCCAGACAAAUUUUAAAUUAAGCAAGACAACGCUUUACAACAUGAUGUGUUGCAUGCUGCUGCUGCUGUUUGUAUCCAGCAUUCAAGGAUUGCAGCUGAGCGCGUUUACCACUAAAACUCCCAGGGUGACAAAGCAUACAACCAAAUCACCUUCAGCGUCGUCCAUGAAUCAUGAUGCGACCACGUCCAUCUAUCGCUUUAAUGCCACUAACGACAUCACCUGCAUUUUGAUGCAAGUUGAUGGCUUGAUAAGCAUCAAGUAUCGGAACAAGCUGAACGAAGAUGUGGAGGCUGAUCUGUAUAUGCCCGAUAGUCCACAAUUAAGUGGCGAGUGCGUCGAGUCCAAUUUGGAAAUUUUAACCAUGAACUUCAAGGGCUUUAUGCUGUCCAUGACAUUCAAAAAGUCAUCGGGCGGUGAAGGCUGGUACAUCAAUCUCUUUGAGCUCACCUAUUCCUCGUCGAAUCCAUUAUUCGAGCAUCCCGAUCGCCCCAGCUUGAACGUGAGACUGACGUCACCGGCACACACGCCCAUGUACUUCCCUACGCCCGUAGGCAAGUCUUACGUUUGUGACAAGGAGCAAACUGUAAUUUUGUAUGCCCCACACGACUCGGGAGACCAAUCCGGACAUAUUGCUCGCCUCUAUUUGCGCGAUUUGCACAUGCAGAGUUUCAUGUUCAAAGACAAUGGCAAAUGGGGACCCUCCUUCCACUGUAGUGCCACUGGCUCCUAUAGGGAUGAGACCGCACCACUGGCCGUUGGCACCGCUCUGGCGAUUGCAGUACUCUUAACCAUUUCCGGCUAUGGUGGCUGGCGGUAUUUCAAAGUCAAGAAGGUCCAGUACGGAUCAAUGGAAUAAGCAGCCAAGCAAGACAACAAUUUCUAGUGGGUCGCAAUUUUAGUUGAAUUACUUGUCGCGUUAUUUGUUGCAUUAUCAGUAUUCUCGUAUUCAAAUAUUGUAUUCAUGUUUCCAAACUUAGAUGUAAUUGUGGGGCAUCGCCAAUAUGAACACUUAAUGUUAUAAAUGAAACCUAAUUAAUAUAUAUACAUGUAUAUUGAUU